UAUGAAUUAAACCAUCCUAAUACGGUUUAAAAAUUAAGAAUCUUUCAGCAGUUUUAUUGUUUUAAUUUAUCUCCUAGUGAGUAAAAAUAUUUUGAUCUGAACUUAUCUCCAGAAUACACACAACUAAAAAUAACCAUGUACUAACUGGAGACUAUCUUCGAGCUGGAUUGUCGGUCUUCUGGUGAAAAGUCCUAACUAAUGAAGUUCAACUAUGAAAAGAAUAAUAACAGUCGCUUUGUUUUAACAAAUGAUUAGAGAUGAAAAUAUUGACUAUUAUGUAUCAACUCAAUGUAUUAUUUCUAUCUUGCUUACUGUGAGACUUGUACUACUCCAACGAAGCCUGAGAUAAACCAAAAAUUCAAAUUUUUUAAAAAAACAAAAACAAAAUAAGAGAUAUCAGUUUAACGAUUUUUUUUUCUCAGAAUGAAAAAAAAAUGAUUCAAUUGUUACCAACACAUAACUUAUCAAAAGAAUUAUUUACCGAUAUUGAUCCAUAUCAAGAUAAUAACUUUUCAUCGAUUUUAUUUAUACGACCUAAUGGGAAUAAACAUUAUUUACCAGUGAAAUAUCCUAAUACAAUAUUGAAAUGGUAUGAAAAUAUAUUAAUACAUUUAGAAAAGAAUAAAUUACUACAAUGGACAUUAAUAACUAUAUCAGAUUAUGAAGAAUGUAUAGGUUUGAAAUUAAUACAAUGGAAUAAUGAAUUAAUGACAUUACUUAAACAUAUAGCACCAAUGUUACAACAGAUUGAUUUAUCUUAUUUAAGAUUAAAUGAGAUCCCAAUCGAUUUGUUGCUACGAUUUUCUACACGUUUAUUUUCAUUAAAUCUUAGUUAUAAUCAAAUUGAAAUGAAUAUUUUUCAUGAAUUGAAGUCGGUAUAUUUAUGGUAUAAAAAACAGAAACAUACAGAAAAUACAAUCAAACAAGAUGUUUGUUGUUGGAUUCAAACUAUCAACGAAAUAUACUUAGAUCAUAAUAAACUUGAAGAUCAAUUUCCUUAUGAACUAUCUAAUUAUUUGGUUGGAUUAAGAAGAUUAUAUAUACAUAAUAAUGGAAUAACUAGUUUAAAAGGUUUAAAUGGUCUUACACAAUUACAAGUGUUAAGAGCUGAUUUUAAUAAAAUCACUAGUUUACAUGAUCAUUUUUUUACAUUAAAAAAAAUUGAAUAUUUAUAUCUUUCACAUAAUUGUAUUACACAACCAAUAUCGGGGAUACGUUUAAAGUAUUUAAAUCAUUUGAAAGUUAUUGAUUUAUCAUAUAAUGGUUUAUUUUUUUUACCUACUGUUAUAUUCAGUUUACCAUGUUUACAAAUAUUAAAACUUGAUCAUAACAACAUAAGUAAUUUGCCUACAUUAAGAUCUAAUUCUAGAAUUUCUAAAGAACCAAUACAAUUGAUUGAUCUUUCAUAUAAUCAAAUUAAUGCAAUAUCUGAUGGUUUACUUAGAAUAACUAAACAAUUAGAUUUAAGUAAAAAUAAAUUACGAACAUUUCCUGCUAGUUUACUUAAAAUAAUUGCAAAUAUAGCUCAAUUGAAAAAAAUAAAACCAUCAGAAAUUAUUAAAGUUGAUUUAAAUGAUAAUCCAAUUAUAUGGCCACCAUAUAAUAUUAUUGAAUGUGGAAUAGAUUCUAUGAUUCAUUACUUUCAAGAAUCAAGAACUGAAUUGCAAUCAUAUUAUGGUAUUAAAAUUACAUUAUUAGGUGAUAUAAAUUGUGGAAAAUCUAGUUUAGCUAUGAGUAUAGUAGAUAAACAAAAUCGUAUGACAGAAAAUUUAGAAGAAACAACAUAUGGUAUAGAAUCUUAUACUAUACAAUAUGAUGCCAUUGAAUUAAUUCCUAAAUUAUAUACCGAUUCCGAAGAAAAUAAUAAUAAUAAUAAUAAUGAAACAAUAUUAAAAAAACAAACUACACGUCCAACUACUAUAACAUUAUGGGAUUGUUCUGGUCAUAUAAAUUAUAUACCAUUAAUUUCAUUUUUUACAUCAUUAUCAACCAUUUUUAUUAUUGUAGUGGAUAUAACAAAAUUAGAUCCAACUAUAUCAAUCGAUAAUAAUAAUAAUAAUAGUAAUAAUAAUAAUAAUAAUAUAAAAAAUUCAAAAAAUUAUUUCUAUCAAACUAUUGGUAUCUGGUUAGAUUUAAUAUUAUAUCGUUUAAAUUAUUUAAAAAUUAUUGUCAUAGUAACAAAAUGUGAUUUAAUUCAAUCAAAAAUUGAAUUAAAUGAAAGAAUUAAUCAAUUAUAUAAACAAAUUAUUAAUUAUAUAAAAAUUAAAAAAUUUUGGUUUAAAAAUCAAAUUGAACAUAUUGAAUCAUCAAUUAAUAUAACACAAUCAAUAACAUAUUAUUAUGAACAAUUAAAUAAUAUAUAUAAUACAUUAUAUACAUUUAUAUAUCCUAAUAUUAAUCAAAUUUCAUUAUAUAAUAAUAAUAAUAAUGAAAAUAUAAUUAAUUUUAAUCAAUUAUAUUAUAGUAUAUUUGAUUUAGCUAUAAAAACACCAACUUAUAUACCAUUUUGUUUAAAACCAUUACCCAAUAUAUGGUUAGAUAUUGAAUUAUAUUUAAAUGAUAUAAAAUAUAGCUAUAAUACACAUUUUAAUAAUAAUAAUGAAAUGAAUAUAAAUACAACGAUACUACUUAAAUCUUCUUUUUGUCAUAUCAUACAAAAUAAAUUUAAUUUAAAUUUACAUAAUUUAAAACAACUUUUAACCUAUUUAAAUAAUACAGGGAAAAUAUUAAUUUUAGAUUCAUAUAUCCCAUUAAAUAAUAAUAAUCAUAAUAAUAAUAAUGAAGAUAAUUCAUUGAAUGAUCCAAUUACAUUAUCAUCAUCAUUUUUGAUUAGACCUAAUCCAAAAUUCUAUAUUAUAAUUGAUCCAAAUUUAUUUAUUGAAUCAUUUAAAUAUUUAUUAAAUCCUAAUUUAUAUUAUAUAAUUGAUUAUAUCAAAAAUAAAAAAAUUAAUUUUUCUGAAAAAUUUUAUUUAUCAAAAAUAUUUUUAAAAAAUUUUAUAAAAAAUUUUAAAAAAAUAAAAAAAUCUGAUUCAAUUAAUAGUUUAAUAAAUUAUUGUAAUGAAUUAAAAUAUGGUACAGGUAUAUUAAGUGCAUAUUUAUGGAUAACAUUAGUAGAAUAUAAUAAUUUAUAUAUAAUUAAAAAUAAUAUUGAAAUAGGUAAAUCAUAUGUGGAAAUAUUAUGGAGAUGGUUAGAACUUGCAUAUCCAGUACCUGAACCAGAUUUAUUUAAAAAUUUUGAUACACAAAUUAAUGUAUCAUUAGAUGAAUUAAAUUCUUCAACAUGGAAAUUCAAGUAUUUUCCAUCUCCCAGAGAAAUAGCUUUAUCGUGUGGAAUUAUAUCUAGUACGGAGAGUCUAUCUCAGUCACCAGAUAACCAAUCGGAUACAGAGGAUAGUGCAAACUCAGAUACGCUCCAGUCUCCAACUAAUGACCAGAUCCAGUCUUUACUGUGUCCAGAACGAUUACCUGCUUUGUGCUUUCCCUGCCUUAUCCCUACAUCGUUUUGCAGCCCAACAGAUGAAAUGAGUAAUGACCUUUGGAAAACAGCUUGUGAAACCGGACCAAGACCAAUCAUAUUUGUGUAUCGAUUUUCUUAUGGUUUACCUCAAGAACUAUUUGAUAAGGCUACAGUACGGUUGAAUUGGCCCGAACUAUUCAAAUUUCGAUAUACAGCGCAUUGGAAGACAGGAGUGCAAAUGUUUAACAGUGUAAAUCGGAUAGUACUCAGAUUUCUACUCAUAAAGUCAGACAAUGAAGACAGUUUAAUCAAGUUUGAAUUUCGUGCUCUACCAGUAACAACCACAAAUUCAGAUGACAAUGAAAUAAGAAUUGAAAAUAACGAUACAGCAGCUAAUAUAGAUGAGGAAAACAAUGAAAGGAGCACUUUAGAUGAAAAUACAACGUUUAAUGCUGGUAAAUCACUGAAAGCGAGCAAUGAUAAGCAUCAGAAACAUAAACAGAAGCCUAAAUGGCAUAAAUGGCCUGUCUCAGAGGAAAAUCUUUGGAAUCUUAUGCUGCCUAUAUUGAAGGAAUUCGAUUCCAUAUUAUUAGCUUACAAAGGUCUAUGCUGCAAGCGUGUUAUGGAGUGUCCGAAAUGUAAUGAGUUAACUUUGGCAGGUGAAUGGCUGACUCCAAGUGAAGUUCAAACAGUAAAAUAUCGUAAAUGUCCAGCGUGUGCUCACAGGAUACCCAGUUGUCUUAUUGCACCACCAGAAACUGGAUUUCAAUAUAAACGUAAAAUAAAAUCAGAAAAGAAAUCUAGAAAAUGUAACAAAUCACGUAAAUAACAUGGACAACCGUUUACUGUUUAUCUUUACUUUGAGUAUCAUAGGAAAAUCUGACAAUAUAAUGACAAUAUUUUUUUUGUUGCUUUGUACAGUAAAAAUUAUCGUGAAUAUCAUUUACUUAAAUAAAAUUAAGUAGUAUUGUUGUUUAUGCGGUUGUGCGGUUGUGGCAAUUAUAAAAAUUUUAAGCAUAAUGUCUUUUGUACAAAUUUUUGCCAAGUUUUAAAAAAAAAAUUAGUAUCAAACGAAUUGAAAGUUAGAAGAAAUUCAACAUUUCACCAGUGAAAGAAAUUUGACCAGGUGAAACUAAGUGCUCCUUGUAUUUUACUGAUAAUCUGGUACAGUGCUUUUAAAUAAAUCAUUCGAAUCAGAAUUUUCGCUUCUUAUGAAACUGUUCACACUUAUCCAACAAAAUAUAGUACAUAUGGAUAGUGGCUAGAAGUGGAA